AUGUCGUCUAGCGACUUCUCAUCUCCAAUACUUCCUGCUAGUACACCCGGCAAAGUGGAGGUCGAAGACCUCUCCAUCGCGGUAAUCCCUGCCAGCACGGAAAUCACUCAAGCCAGCGGAUUGCCCACACGUCUCGACACGAGGUUGCCCCGGAUUGAAAAGCUGUCAAAGACCGAAGACUGGAGUUUCUGGGUUCGGAGAGUGAAAUGCGCACUGGAGUUGUUGGACCUAACUGAUCUCAUCGACUCGUCCAUUCCUCGGCCAGCUCCUGGUGACCGUGACUAUGAGAAAUGGAGGAAAGCAGCAAAGGCUGUGCGCUACUGGUUGCUCAGUAGCAUUUCAAAAGACAUCUUCAUGAGAGUCACGGAUUUCUCCAAGCCAGAUACCUGGCCCGACGACUUGCUGAAACUGAUUCGAUCAGCGGUAGUACCCCCACCUGCCGAUCUCUUGGAUAGAACAUCCAACAUCUCACGUUCAGAAUUUGGGACGAUCCCUGAGUUUGUGAAGGCACUGAGGGACCUAGUCAGGCUCACGAAUGAUUCGUAUAUGGCCACUUCGCCUUCCUGGGCCUGUAACCAAUUGCUUGGGGGGAUUCGAGGCGAGAUGCCAGAUUUUGCUUUGCGCCGCUACAUAGAGCUCGACGAGACCCCGGCUAACGAUUUGUCUUGGGAUGCAUUCAUGAAGUUAUGCGACAAAACGAUUCGCAGUGCAAACUCUAGUGGGUUGAGGCCGUCAACGGCGCAAUCUUCGAAAUCAUCUUCCAAGACGGCGAAAAAAUUCAGAUGAUCAAGAAAGUGUCAGCAAUAAUUUCACACUGGAAUCACCCGUCAUGCUGGUAGAUGAUGUUGGACGCUGGCGAAGAGUCGGGCUGGCAUUCUGGAGAUUGGUGGCAAGUCAAACACCCAGGGAAUGAUCAUUUGUGGCUUCUUCUCUUUGUUUACCUUAUGUUUUUCUAUUCUUGUCUUCAUGCCCGCCUUGAUCUCUACCACGAUUUGUCAAGGUUGUUUUAUGUUUCUUCCACAAUCGCAGAUGUAAACUGUGAACUAUCGAGAGAGCACAGAGACUGUUGAUCCAUCUGGUCUAGGGAUGUGGGGAUUUUGAACCUGACACAGGUACAAGGGACAACAGCUAACGAGCACAAUGAAACUGAUAAUAACUCAAGGUGCUAUGCCUAUGAUUUUUGGGAAAUGGGCCGCUUCCAUAUGAGCCAUGUGAGAUUGCUGUGAACUGAAAAAAACUGAGCUGAUUGUCCGGG